CAAGCAGAAUAGAGCUUUUAUUGAGGAUAUUUCUAAGCUGACUAUCAGGGACCAAAUCACUGGAUUGUUUUUAAAAAAAAAAAUCUCAGCUGAAUCAGGUUGCUCCCCCUCUUUCAUUCCUUUCCUUCGUUUCAUUUCAGUGAGACAGAGUGUAGCUCAUGCAGUGCCCAGCAGAAAGCAGAAUGCAAGGAAUCUGCAGUAUUCCCCUGUCUCACACAAGAAGCCCAGUUCACCACUGAAGGACAAGUGAGGAGAACCAGAGAGCAGUCAGAGGAGGAUUCAGAGGGAGAACGUGCGGUCUUGUCUUGUUCUGCUCUGCUCUGCUCUUGUUGCCUCAGGUGUACGCGCUCCUCCCUCUCCUCCGCUGUGCCUGCUGUCAGCUCCAUCCCUGGGUGGCUGAGGCCAUGGUGCUGGUGCUGGAAGCCCUGCUGCCCUGCUUCUGCACCCUCUUCUUCCUGACCCUGCUGCCCGGCGUGGAACCCGCUGUGCCCCUGGAGGACUUCUACCCCUUUGGCCGGGACAAGGGGGACUCCCAGACCAUUGCUCAGGAUGACGGCGGCUCCGGGCUCCUGGAGAUCUCUGUUGCAUUCCCCUUCUUUGGAGACAGGCACACAGGACUCUAUGUUAACAACAAUGGCCUUGUGUCCUUCCUGAGAGAGGUGUCGCAGUUCACACCUGUAGCUUUUCCAAUCGCUGGAGACAGAAGGGUCGUGGCGCCGUUCUGGGCUGAUGUGGACAACCGUCGAGCCGGGACAGUCUUCUACAGAGAGAGCCAGGAUCCUGUGAUCCUCAGGAAGGCUUCGGGUGAUGUCAGGACGUACUUUUCAGAGUUCCCCAACUUCAAUGCAACGUGGGUCCACAUCUCUACAUGGCAUCAAGUCACCUUCUUUGGAGGAAACUCUCAAACACCAGUGAAUACUUUCCAAGUGGUGCUCAUUACAGACGGAGAGCUUUCCUUCACUAUAUUCCAAUACAAUAACAUCACUUGGACCACAGGCAUGCAUGCCAGCAGCGGAGGAAACCUCAUUGGGCUAGGCGGGAUUGCAGCACAGGCAGGUUUUAACGCUGGUGAUGGCAAGCGCUAUUUCAACAUCCCUGGCUCUCGCACAGCUGAUGUCGUAAAUGUUGAGGGAACCACCAAUGUGGGCUUCCCGGGCAGAUGGGUCUUCCGCAUAGAUGACGCAAAUGUAGAAGUGGGAAGCUGCAAUAACUCUGCGUCAGUGUGCCCACACCUCCGCCCAUGCCUGAACGGAGGCCAGUGCAUCGAUGACUGUAUUAAAGGCAACCCCUCCUUCACUUGCUCCUGCUUGGCUGGCUUCACCGGUCGAAGAUGCCAAAUCGAUGUCAAUGAGUGUGCCUCACAGCCUUGCCAGAACGGAGGGACCUGUAAAGACCAGAUUAAUAGUUUCAUGUGUCAGUGUCCACCUGGUUACACUGGGAUUCUUUGUGAAACAGACAUUGACGAGUGCAAAGACAGGCCGUGCUUCAACAACGCGACGUGUGUACGAGGCGCUGGCGCUUUCACCUGUGUGUGUGAGCCGGGUUACACUGGUGUCCUGUGUGAGACAGACAUAGACGAGUGUGAGUCGCAGCCCUGUCUGAAUGGAGGGGAGUGCAUCGACCGGGUGAACAACUUCACCUGCACGUGCCCCGCUGCUUUCACUGGGACACUCUGUGAGACAGAGCUGCUACCAGUUCAGGUCAACCCCACCGAGGCAGAAAACCAGACAGCCUCGUGUGAAGAGCUGGACUGCAAGAAGAACCAGAUCUGUGAAUACACCAGCUCGGGAAUCUACAACUGCACGUGUGCUCCAGGCUUCUACGGUGACAACUGUGAAGACGAGUGUCUUUGCCAGAAUGGUGGCGUCUGUGUGGACAUCAACGGGACCUGUGAGUGCCCUUCAGGCUAUACGGGGCUCUACUGUCAGUUCGAAGUGACCCAGAUGCCAUGCAGUAACGGCAGAUCGUGUCCUGAUGGAAAUCCGUGUUUGGAGUACGGAGGAGCGUACCUGUGCACAUGUCAGACGAGAGUGGAGCUGGACCACAAAGACUUUUACCCCUAUGUACAGCCCGAAUCGGUCUGCGAUUCCUCUCCCUGUCUGAAUGGCGGCUACUGCUAUGAGCUUGACGGAGGCUACACCUGCGAGUGCAAGUACGGAUACUGGGGGAAGAACUGUGAGAAAGUUAGACUCAAUACCUGUGCUUCUGGGCCCUGUCGCAACGGAGGCUCCUGUAAGGAAGAGGCUGACAGUUACCGAUGUGUGUGUCCUUACAGGUUCACAGGAAAACACUGCGAAGUGGGGAAGCCGGACCCCUGUGCCUCCAGCCCCUGUCUGAAUGGUGGGACGUGUUUUCACUACAUAGGAAAGUACAAGUGUGAAUGCACCGAUGCCUACAGCGGCAGGCACUGUGAAAUAAACAGGAGCGCGGUGCAUACCUCUGCAGAGAUCAACGAGUGCUUAUCCCAGCCUUGUCUUAACGGAGGCACGUGUCGAAAUAAGAUCGGAUCCUACCAGUGUGUGUGCGCCAGUGGCUUCAGCGGAAACCGCUGCCAGAUAGAGCAGGACAUGUGCGAGUCCAACCCCUGUCUGAAUGGAGGCGUGUGUCGGGGUUACAGAAGAAACUAUCUUUGCAUGUGUAAAGACGGCUUCUUUGGGGAUCAGUGCCAGAUGUUGGAGGACCCAUGUGUGUUAAAACCUUGUGGGAACCGUGGCCGCUGCUGGAGCGACAGGAGAGGAAACUACAACUGCAUGUGUAAAGUGGGACUCACGGGCAAAGACUGCGAGAAAGACCUGCUGCCCCCGCCCGGCCUUCACGUGCUGCGUGUGGAGGAAAGCGAGGUGGAGCUGCGCUGGGAUGAGCCGGAGCCCUCAAACAACCUGAUCAGCAUGUUUGCCGUCACCUAUGCUCCCCUGGGUCAGAGCAACUCCAAAACAGACUACCUAGACAGGCAGAAGUCCACCCACGUGAUGCGAGGCCUGAUGCCCGGCCUGCUGUACAACAUCUCCACCUUCUCCAUCAAGCUGAAAACCAACAGCAGUGACACAAGCCAACCUGCCACAGCACUAAUACGCACCAGGCCCCAGCCGGCGGAGCAGUUGCAGGUGGUCAACGUGUCCUCCUCUCAGGUGUGGCUGCAGUGGCUGGUUCAGGCUGCCCGCCAUGCAGCCGUCAGCAGGGUGCACGUGUCCUUGUUGCCUUCAGAUGGGAGGGAGGGUCGCACUGCUGUUCUCAACACGAGCACUACUGAGUACACCUUCAGCUCAUUACAGCCGGGUCAGAUGUACACUGUGGAUGUGUUGACUCAGAGUGGAAUCAGACCAGAUGAGUUUCCCUCCAUGAGCCACUCACCAGGACCUCUGUCAUUCUGGACAAGGCCUCUUCCCCCACAGAACCUCUCCCUCUCACACGUGACCCCAAACUCAGCCUUGAUCACCUGGAGCCGCCACCCGAGACACGUCUCAGACGGCUUUGUGGUCAACGUGACCCGAGGGUUGAAUACCAGGAGUCGCUUCUUGCCCAACGGGAGAGUGGGAUCGUACACCCUCCGUGAGCUGACCCCAGGGCAGCACUACUACGUUGCCCUCACGUCGGUCAGAAACACGGGGCCGGAGCAGAUCCACAGCGUGCCUCAGCACCUUGCCUUCACUACCUUGCCAAUGCCGGUCAGACCGGGAAGGAGAGAAAGACCAGCAGGGACAAGACAAGAUACCCCAUCUCAGCCUCAGGACGUGGCAGGCACAGCAGAAGAAGAAAACUCAGAGGAACUACCCAGAUACACAGAACUCAUUGACAGGAGGGGAAAGAUAACAGCAAAGUUCACUCACCUGCCUCGAAAACCCAUCCGGCAUCGAACUAAACCUGAGCCACCAGUUAGGUUAGAGAAGAUGGAAGAAACAACAAACAAAAUCAGCCUUGCGCUGGAGAUCCGAGAAGAAGCUUUAAGAACAAAGCUUGAGUCGCCCCAGGACUGCCGCAGUCUGCCCUGCCAGAACGGAGGUACGUGUGUGAACGGAGGCGACACCUUCAUCUGCGACUGCGCAGACGGGUUCAAGGGCAGGCAGUGUGAACUGUCGUGCCAGCGAGUGCCACACCCGUGUACCCGCCUGUACUCUGAAACCAAGAGCGUGCCCGUCUGGGAGGGUGGUGUGUGCCAUUACCUGUAUAAAAGGACAUAUAAAGUGCAGCAGGAUGUGUGUUAUCGAGAGAUUUGUGAACCGACGCCUUCCAAGAAGAGUCAGACCAGAAGAACAAACACACAACAAUAAAGAGCACUUGGAGCCUGAUGAAAGGACUGUCAUCACUGUCAUGUGAAAAACCUCCUUACUUCAAUUUUGGUGUUUAUAAUCUACUUGAAGUAACUGAUUAUGGUCAUUUUUUGUGCUGAAAAACCCUGUCAGAGCCCACUGUAACAUUUCACAAACAAACCAUCAACCAUCUGAAUAUGAGGCUGCAUCCCGAGAGUUGCCUUUGUAGCUCGCGGUAGCACGAUCAGUCAGAUGAAAAACGUCCCGCAUCACGUAUCAUUUGCAGUGUUUGCUGACUGAGUUUCAUACAACCACAUAUGGUAUGCAAAUAUGAAUCCUAGGCAGUCAACUGCACUGCAUCAGAGACCUUAUAUACCUCAUUUCAACGUCCAAUGCUGACACAUUCGGAGAGGUUUACGUUUGUGAUUCAGCUGCAGGUUUGUCCCUCAGGGAAGUAAAGGCAGAGUCUUUUCCUUACAUCAGUCCCAUCAUCUCCUUACGAAGACAGCAGGAAAUGUGUACUUUCACCCUUAAACUGAUCUCGUCCUCUGACAAUGAUGCACAGCGUUUUCUGUGUAGAAUAUGUUCCUCUGUGUCUCAGCAGGCGUCGCUGCUCACUAAUCUGUAAAUAGUGUUUAUAGGCCAUUUUGUAGGUGAAUAUUUUAAUAAUAAAAAUGUUAAAAUGA